AUGAAGUAGCUUCCGGGCGACAGGGUACCAGCAGUAAACAUGGCGGAGGAACUGCUGGAAACAGUGGACAGACUUCAGUCCCGGCUCCUGGAGAAUCCGGAGCCGCGAAAGGUUUUAAAAACUUUCAAAAGACUGGGGGAGCUUCCGAUGACCGUGGACAUACUGGUGGAAACUGGAGUGGGGAAGACUGUGAAUUCUUUCAGGAAACAUGAACUCGUUGGAGAGCUGGCGAAAAACCUCGUAGCCAAAUGGAAGAAACUGGUUCCUCAGUCUGCAGACAGACCCGCCAACAGUCACGCUAAAGAGGCACCGCGGUCACAUGGACACUCUCGAGAACCAGAGGCAGCUGAAGAAGGAGGCCACAGACGAACCAGGGAGCCGUCCCCUGACGAGGAGCCCUCCUACAUGGAAGAGGAGGAGGAGGAGGAGGAGGAGGAGAGAGGUUAUCACACGAACUACUCGCCCUCGCCUCCUCAUCACGAGCAGUACAGCCCUCCGCAGAGAGGAGGAUACCACUCAGACGAGUAUGAGAGCCCCGAGCCCGAGCCCGAGCUUGAACCUGAGCCUGAGCCUGAGCCCAGUCCCCCCCCUCCUCCUUCUCGUAAGGACAUCCGCUACACCAAACCAAGCAAAGAACCCAGCAAAAACCACAAUCACAGCGACAAAAACAGGGACAGAGACGAGGAAAGACGGCAACGCCACGCACAGAUGAGUGGUGAUCGAGGAGGAGGAGGAGGAGGAGGAGGAGGGGGUGGGGGAGGUGACGGAAAGAAACGCAGCGCAGACCGAGACAGACAACAGAGUCCAGUACAAAAGUCCUCAAAACAUAACAAGAAGUCCAGCACGCAUGAGAGUAAGAGGGAGGAGAAGAAGAAAGCAGGAGAUGAGGGGCGACCACGGGUGCCGAAGGACUCUCCACCCAAAGAGGAGGAAGAAGACGACUUUGAGACCCCCACCAUGUCCUUUGAGUCUUUUCUCACGUAUGACGCCCCGAUACCUGUAAAGAAGAAGAAGAAGCCGUCGUCGUUGUCAUCCUCGUCGCACGGCCGGCCGUCUCACUCUGCAUCCUCCACGUCAUCAUCCCAUCGCACACACGACCCUGCGCCCGCACCAUCCUCCUCCUCCUCCUCCUCAUCCUCCAAAGUGAGCAAAGCUAACGGUACUCAGAGCAGCAAGAGGACGCAUUCAGGAUCCAGUUCCGCUGCAGCAACACCUGAGAAACGAAAAAGGGUUGUUGAGGUUGUUGCCACUCUUCCUGACAUCCCUCUGCCGGCGAUUCAACCCAACUACAGACCUCUGCCCUCCAUCGACGUCACACCGCUGUCCCCUCAGAGACGGAAAGUUCCUGUGUGCAACGACGAGGAGGACGCCGGCUUCACGGGGAAGCGGUUCAACUCUAAGAUGGUCGUCUACUCUGGAUCAAAGUCCGCGUACUUGCCCAAGAUGAUGACUCUGUACGAGCAGUGCAUCCGCGUGCUGCAGAACAACAUUGACUCGAUCGCUGAAGUGGGAGGAGUUCCGUUUGAGAUCCUGGAACCGGUACUGGAGCGAUGUACGCCCGAGCAACUGUACCGCAUCGAGCAGAGCAAUCAGUGGUUUACAGAGGACUCCGACGAUCUGUGGAUGCGUCACUGUCAGCGGGACUUUCGGCGGCAGUCUCCUCAGGAGUACGAGUCGUGGAGGGAGAUGUACCUGCGGCUGCACGACGAGCGCGAUGAGCGACUGAGGCUGCUCACUCAGAACAUCUCCGCGGCACACGCCCACAAGCCCAAAGGGCGGCAGGUCAAGAUGGCGUUUGUGAAUUCUGUCGCCAAGCCUCCGCGUGACGUCCGCCGACGACAGGAGAAGUUCGGCACCACGAGCGGUUUGUCCACAGCCGCCACCACCGCGGCUGCGUGUCCCAUCAAAAUAAGACCAGCUACCACAGACUACUCCGGUGAAUCAAGCCGCUCCUCCCAAAAUAACGCUCUGCCUGGCUCGUCUCGCUCCUCUGCACCGGGUGGAGGAGGAGGAGGAGGAGGAGGAGCUGGAGGAGGAGCAGCUGGAGGAGGACAUGCUGCCCGUGACAAACCACAGGUCAAAAAAAUCGCCCCGAUGAUGGCCAAAACUAUCAAAGCGUUCAAGAACCGAUUCUCCCGGCGAUAGUGUGAAUGAGGCUGAAUGUAUUUAAUGAAUUCCAACUGUUUUUAAUUUAAAAGUUUAGAAUAAUGACCAGAAAACCCACCCACACGCCCCCUGUGUAAACAUACACACAGACCAUGAUCUUCUCCCACCAAACAUAUCAAAUGAACUUUUUGGUAGGGGUGGCAUUUUUUUCUCACUCUCUCUCUCUCUUUUUUUUUAAGUGGUGGCAUUUAUUUUAGGAGUCCUGGAAAAAGUAUUUAAAUCACAAAUUACUGUCAUUGGGUGUCACAUCUGUGGAAGGAAGUUAUGUCACUAACUUCUUACUCGAAGUGAGAGGACACACACCCGUACAAACACACCGUCUGUUACGUUUUCUUGCUUUUUUCUCAGCAGAUAUUUUAAAAAGAGAAAAAGCUCAAACUUUUGGGAAAUGCACUCGCAUACUUCGUCACCGCAACUUGGACUUAGAGAGGAUCGAUGCCACUUUCAUGUCUGCACGCUAAAUAUGAAGCUACAGCCAGCAGCGGUGUAGCUAAGCUUAGCGUAAACCAGCAGCAACGUAGCUUAGCAUAAAGACUGAAGAUGGAGGGAAAGAGCUCGCCUGGCUCCGUCACAUCCACCUAAAAAAACCUUCUAACGCUCACUUAUUAACACAUCCUAUUUCUUCCAUUUCUGUCAUACAAACAGGAAAACAUGUGAACUUGUUUUAAACAAUGAGCCUGACUUUUCUUGGCCAGGAAUCCUCGACAGGAAACGGCCAAACUUUAUUUUGCACAAACUACUUGUUAUAUUUCUGCACAACUUCUCGUGUCAAUGAGUGAGCAUUAGACGUACAGGGCGAGCGUCUCUGCUGUUCUCUUCUGUUUCUUCCACGCCUUAUGCUAAGCUAAGCUAACUGCCCACUGGUUGUAGUUAACUAAAUAGUGUAAAGACAAGUUAGUGGGUAUUGAUGUCCUUCUUCAAUGUUUUGGCAAAAAAUGUGUACGUCCCAAAACAUCAAACUUUUCCUUCAUGGUUGAGAGCGUCGGUUCAUUUUUGAUCAGAUGAUGCACUACGUCAGGAAAUCAUGCUCUUAUUUAUAUCUUUUAACGACAUGCGUGGUGCACGGCAGCCAUGGGAUUGAGAUUCUUAACAGAGGCAUCAAGCGGCUGGUUGGAGCUCCACUUUUAAACAAAGCAAACAUAUUUUAACAUGUUUUACACAGCGGUCGUUUUUUUUUUUUUUUUUAUGUUUAGGGAUGAAAUGAGAUUGAUGAACUACACACACACACACACACACACACACACACACACACACACACACACGCAUUAUAUAGACUUUUUUUUAACCCUCCUGUGGCUUCAGAUCAUGUUUUACCUGCUUGUCAAAUGUGUGUAUCUUUGUUUAUAUCUGCUCCACUGUGACAAGCUAGUUUGUGUGAGGGCUGCUGAAGAGACUGCAGGAAGAAGCAAAUCAAGGAAAAAGAACAAUAAGGAAGAAAUAGGAAGAAAAAACAAGAAGUGCAUCAGUCUACAACGAUUAUGAGAUGUAUUUAUUUUCAACACUGGGACCCCACAGAACUGGCCUGAAUGAAAGUAGAUUCCAAAUUGUAAUUUUAUUAGAUUUUAAUAAAUGUUAUAUGGUCAUUUUUAUUAAAAUUGACUUUUGCCCUUAAA